AGGCAGAAGCCCGCUGACUGUGAUUCACUCCAAAGGAGGAGCGUGGAGAGAGAGAGAGAGAGAGAGAGAAAGAGAGAGAGAGAGAGAGAGAGAGAGAGAGAGAGAGAGAGUUGCGUGGUUGGACAGCUUUUGUUCUCCUCACCACGGUCUUCCGCUGUAAAAGAGCGACUGGAGGACGACAGGAUGGAGCGGAUGGAGUCGAUGGAGCCGAUCUCGGCGCACUACACCACGGCUUACCCGGAGAUUCAUCCCGAUAGCGGCUACGAAUCCAGAGAGACCACCGACAGCCAGGCAAAGACUCCACCAGCUCCGACAUACGAUGAGGAAUUAGUGCACAAGACAAUCCUGGUCGGGGACAGUGGAGUGGGAAAGACGUCUCUGUUGGUGCAGUUCGAUCAGGGGAAGUUCAUCCCCGGCUCCUUCUCUGCUACAGUGGGCAUUGGAUUCACGAAUAAAGUGGUGACUGUUGACGAUGUAAAGGUGAAACUACAGAUUUGGGACACGGCGGGACAGGAAAGGUUUAGAAGUGUGACACAUGCCUAUUACAGAGAUGCACAUGCUUUGUUCCUCCUGUACGACAUCACCAGCAAAACCUCCUUUGACAACAUCAGGGCAUGGUUAACAGAAGUCCAUGAGUAUGCACAGAGUGAUGUAGUCAUCAUGUUGCUGGGCAACAAGGCUGACAUGAACAGUGAAAGAGCGAUCAGGAGAGAUGAAGGAGAGAGGCUGGCCAGAGAGUAUUCAGUCCCUUUCAUGGAGACGAGUGCGAAGACAGGAGUCAACGUAGAGCUGGCCUUCACUGCUGUGGCCAAGGAACUGAAGCACCGGGCAGUCCAGCAUCCCAAUGAACCCAAGUUCCAGAUUCAUGAAUACAUUGAAGCACAGAAGGAGAAGUCAGGCUGCUGCAGCUACUUCUAAAUCUCAUCUCCUGAGUCCUCCUCCCACCACUCUGGGUGAACAGACCAGAGACACACCAAGAGCUACUGAGUGGGAGGAAGCCCUGUUAACUCACUGCUGCCCCCAAAAUAUGAUGCUGCCAUUCAUUCAAGACUAAAAGCCAAAAGUAGAUCAAUGACGUGAGAGGAGGAUAAAACAAGCUAUCGACUCACAAAACCCACAGUUUUCUUUAGUUGAGAACAGUUUAACCAACUCUUUAGACUUGACAUUUAUCAUUAUGUGCAACUGAAUAUUUAUAGUAGAAAUUUUAGCAAAUGGUAUACAAAUGAUUUGAAUUAUAUAAGAAAAUAGCCUUAUACUAUUUGCUUUCUUUGUAAGAGUUAGAUGAGAAUACCACUCUCGUGUAUGGGUGUUAGGUACGGAGCUGGAGUAAGGGCGUGGUUAGCCUAGCUUAGCAUAAAGACUGGAGGCAGGAGGAAACAGCUAGCCUACAGCUCACUCAUUAACACAUUGUAUCUCAUUUGUUUAACCCUUAAAUAUAUGGGUGUUUUUCAAACAUACCUACAUACCUCAGGUCUUUAGCGACCUGGCACGUAUAUAACGCAGAUUAAGCCAUAUAUUAAAAUUAUAUUGCUUAUAAACUUUUCUGAACAAUAACAAACACACAAAAAAUAUAUUUUUGCCAUUUAUGAUUUUUUUUCCAAUCAUUUAUUGAUGGAAGAAAAAUUUGUUUUUUCAAAAUUAAUUCCUAUAUUUCAGUGUAGUCUGAUAUAUUUCAUGGUUACACUGUACUGUCUUACAUAUAGGCGACUGGAAUUUCUCAUAGACUGCUCAGACUUGGACGGUAUCUUGACCGUUGUCCCAUUCAGAGCUCAUGUCGUCUGAGCUAGCUUUGUCAUUCUCUGAUUCAUAAAUGGCACAGAAACUAAUUCCUCAUCAUCAGUGGCCUCAGGUACAUCUUCAUUUCCAGAGCUACUGUCAUCAAACCCCUCCAAUAUCAAAUAAAAUGCUGCUCUGCACUAAACCUGACAACCAGGUGCCGUAACAUCGUGUUACUGUGACAGUAAGCUAAUAUAAACAAACUUUUACGUCAUCGUGUCUGUAUUUAUUCAUAAUAACAGUGAGACAUCAUGAGGCCAAACAGGAAAAUACAAUAUUACCCACCAUUCACUUCACUACAUCCAUCCUCUUGCAUACCUCAGGUCUCUAGCAACUCUAUAAAGAGUUUUUUUUAGAGAAAAACAUUAGUUUUGUUUUUAAACUUUUUAUCAUUUCUGAUACCAGAACAUUGUUAAAAACAAAUAGUUUGAGGAAUAACAGGGAGUAUAGAGCUUAAUUGAAUUAAAUGAAUGAAUUAGACAGGGUGUAAUAUAGUCCCGGGUCGUUAAAGACCUGAGGUGUGCAUUUAAGGGUUAACCCGUACACAAACAGAAAUAUAGCAAGACUAAGAGUCUACAGCCAUGCUAGCAGCUCUGUGAGGCUGUACAGUGGUGCUUUGAGCUAAAUGCUACCAUCAGCAUGCUAGCAUACUCACAAUGACAACGC